AUGCGGGGGUCACUGACGUUGGACGAUGUGACCGUGAGGUUCACCUGGGAGGAGUGGCAGCUCCUGGGCCCUGCUCAGAAGGCCCUGUACUGGGACGUGAUGCUGGAGAUCCACAACCACCUGGUGGCCAUCGGUGAGGAGCAGGGAAAUAAGUGGAUCAGAAGUGAGGACAUAAAAAAUUCCACUGAGCCUCUCAAAGACGAGAGAGCCUUGGUUCCUGUGGGCCGUGAGCAAGUUUGUAAUGAAAUCCAAUUCCCCAGGAGCCAGAAAUGCAGCCCCACCAAGUCCCUAACCGUUAAGUAUAAGAAACCUGAGACGAUUAAAAAGACCCAUGCCUGCAGCGAGUGUGGGAAAGCCUUCCACAGAAAGUCUACCCUCACUGACCAUCAGCUUCUACACUUAGGACAGAUGCCCUAUCGAUGCAGUCUGUGUGGGGAAGCCUUCUUUAACAAGUUAAAGCUCCAUGACCAUCACCACACAACACAUACAGGACAAAAGCCUUAUAAAUGUGCGGAGUGUGGCAAAGCCUUUCUCCAGAUAAAGCAGCUCAACAUCCAUCAGAAGACACAUUUGGUAGAGAAACCGCACACGUGUGCUGAGUGUGGGAAGGGAUUCAUCAGGAGGUCAGGGCUCACCAUUCACCAGCGGGUUCACACUGGAGAGAAACCCUACGUGUGUGGGGAGUGUGGGAAAGGAUUCACCACGCAAUACAGUCGCUCCAUGCACCACAGAAUCCACAGAGGAGAGAAGCCCUACCAUUGUGAUAAAUGCGGCAAAGCCUUCAGAAUGAAGAGUGAUGUCAUUGCCCACCAGCGGACGCACAGUGGUGAGAAGCCCUUCUUGUGCAAUGAGUGUGGCAAACGUUUGAAGUAUAAGAAGAGUCUCAUCGUCCACCAGAGAACUCACACGGGAGAGACACCUUAUGUGUGCAGGGAUUGUGGCCGGGGCUUCCAGAUAAAAACAAGCCUCACCGUCCACCUGCGAAUUCACACGGGGGAGAAGCCAUAUGUGUGUGGGGACUGUGGCAAGGGCUUUAGACAGAAGUCAAGCCUCACUACUCAUCAGACCCUUCACACGGGCCAGUUCCCCUUCUCCUGCAGUGACUGCGGCAAGUCCUUCUGCCGGAAAUCGGGCCUCAACUCGCAUCUCAAGAUCCACACGGGUGAAAAGCACUUCAAUUGCAGCGAGUGCCAGAAGGCCUUCCGCUCCAAGAGAAAUCUCACUGUGCAUCAGAGAUCACACACUGGAGAAAAGCCCUUCCAUUGCAGUGAGUGCCAGAAGGCCUUCCGCUCCAAGACAGGUCUCACUGUGCAUCAGAGAUCACAUACUGGAGAGAAGCCCUUCCAGUGCAGCGAGUGCCAGAAGGCCUUCAAGACCAAGAAAGGUUUAACUUGGCAUGAGAGAUCUCACGCAGGGGAGACGCCCUACAGCUGCCAGGAGUGUGGGAAGGCUUUCUCCGACUCCUUUAGGCUUUCCUUUCACUGGAGACAACACCAAAAAGAGAAGCAUCUGGAUGGGCUCAAGGUCUUGACACCACAAGAGCCUGAGAAGGAAGGAGAAUGA